GCUACAAAAAAUCAUCCAAGUUGUUUAGAAUGAAAGUCAUAAUAAAAAGCUUGACUGGUGUAGCAGCCUGGCGAUGGGUUGCCAAUGAUGACAGUUGUGGUAUUUGCCGUAUGGCUUUUGAUGGCUGUUGUCCAGAAUGUUCCCUUCCUGGUGACGAUUGUCCUCUCGUAUGGGGUGCAUGCAGUCAUUGCUUCCACAUGCACUGCAUUGUGAAAUGGUUACAUAGUCAACCUCAUACGCCUUUAUGUCCUAUGUGCCGUCAGGAAUGGCGCUUUAAUAAUAAUUGAGGAACUGUAGUUUUCUUAAUAAAGAUUUGAUAAAGUGUUGUAAUAAGAAACUUGUAAUAAGUGCAUUUAACAUAUCAGUCUGGUUGCUUAUUAGUGGUCUGCGACAUAGUGGUUUAAGGACUAUUUAAAGAAUAUUUUUUAUUGUAAGUGUUGUUUCUGAUUUAUAUUUUACAAUAAUAAUAAACAUUAUUUAGUGUUUGUUAGUGAAAUGUGUUAAGUUUGC